CACAGCAAGGGUGACCUUGAUGCAUUCCACGACCAGCAUCCUCACCAUCAGAAAGAGACGAGCAGAAGCGUGGAAACUUCAAGUACUUCAUCAGCCGCCUGUUCGUUUCGUCUCAUGAGCAUGUUCAGUCACUCUCUGCUUGUUGAAAUUCAUCUUUCGUCAAUUGUUUCGCCUUGCCCAUUGCUUGCUGCUUCUAUCCUUUCCAGGAUUUCCUCGGUGCAGGAUGACUCGCCCGCAAAGUGUUCUUGCAUAUGCUUUCUUCAUUUUCAGCUUGGCUUCUGCCCUACCGUUAACGCCUGUCAAAAGAGCGAUUUCUGAAGAUCUACUCGACCAAUUCUCACUGUUUGAACAAUAUUCAGGCGCAGCAUAUUGUCCGGGAAACAAUGACGCGACCACAAGUGCCGCGAUUACUUGCAGUACAGGCAAUUGUCCGCUGGUACAGGCUGCUGGUGCUCAAUCCAUCAUUGAAUUUGAAAAUAUUGGGGCCGGGGACGCGCAGGGCUUUGUCGCUCUGGACCACACGAACCAACUAAUUGUCAUCUCAUUCCGAGGCAGCGUCACGAUUGAUAACUGGAUCGCGAAUCUGGAUGCUGUCAUGACCCCAUGGUCCAUUUGCACUGGCUGCGAUGCCCAUGCAGGCUUCCUCGACUCUUGGAACAGCGUGAAGUCAUUGGUACAAGGAGCGAUUGAGGGCGCCAUAUCGACCUAUCCAUCUUAUAGCAUAGUCUCAACCGGCCACAGCUUGGGUGGUGCAUUGGCUACCUUGGCCGCCGCAGACCUCAGAAAUUCUGGAUAUGAUAUCGCGCUGUACACUUAUGGCUCUCCUAUGGUUGGAAAUCUGGCGCUUGCAACCUUCAUUACCUCGCAAACUGGUGGCAACUACCGUGUGACACAUGCAAAUGACAUUGUGCCUAAACUACCUUCCUAUGCCUUGACCUUCGCACAUGUCUCGCCGGAAUACUGGAUUAACGCGCCUACUGGAGUCACGGUCACGGCAGGUGUUGUCCAAGUGAGUUCUGGUGAGAUAGACUUGCAGGGAGACGAAGGCCAGCUAGGCGGCACUGUGACCGACCAUCUCUGGUACUUCAACUCGAUCUCGGCGUGUAGUCCUAUCUGAAGUUCAUAAUGAAAAGUGUAUAUAUCAAAUACUUGACGCAAUGGGCAUGAUGGCCGAC